AGAGCUGCCGGAAGUAGGCAGCCGAGGUGGUGGCCGAGCCGGAGGCAGCUGCCAGGGAAACCGAGGCGCGGGACGCACGGCCCGCAGACAGGCAGGCCGGGGGGGUCGUCGCUGCGCCCGGCACGCGGGAGGCCCGAGCGCCCCCCUUGCCUGGGCUGAGGGUCUCUGCCUGGUCCGACAGCCUCGUCGGGACUCGGGCCUUUCCCUAAGCCCGCCAGGGGGCGCCGCGCUGAGGGGCUGCAGAGUAGGAGGCAGGCGCGGCUGACCUGAGAAGGGGCGCCGGGCCGGGCCGGGGGAGAGGGCUCUCCCCCGCUCAGGAGGUGCCCCUGGGCGGGGAGCUGGGAGUCCUCACCUCCGGACUGAGGCAGGGGUUUCUGGGGGCGAGGAGGGCGCGUCGCUCUCUGCCCCCGCCGGCACCCUGGCCAUGACGGGCAAAUCAGUGAAGGACGUGGAUCGGUACCAGGCGGUCCUGGCCAACCUGCUGUUGGAGGAGGAUAACAAGUUUUGUGCGGACUGCCAGUCUAAAGGGCCACGAUGGGCCUCCUGGAACAUUGGUGUGUUCAUCUGCAUUCGAUGUGCUGGAAUCCACAGGAAUCUCGGGGUGCACAUAUCCAGGGUAAAAUCAGUUAACCUCGACCAGUGGACUCAAGAACAGAUUCAGUGCAUGCAGGAGAUGGGCAAUGGAAAGGCAAACCGACUUUAUGAAGCCUACCUUCCUGAGACCUUUCGGCGACCUCAAAUAGACCCGGCUGUUGAAGGAUUUAUUCGAGAUAAAUAUGAGAAGAAGAAAUACAUGGACCGAAGUCUGGACAUCAAUGCUUUUAGGAAAGAAAAAGAUGACAAGUGGAAAAGAGGGAGCGAACCAGCUCCAGAGAAAAAAAUGGAACCUGUUGUUUUUGAGAAAGUUAAAAUGCCACAGAAAAAGGAAGAUCCACAGCUACCUCGGAAAAGCUCCCCGAAAUCCACAGCCCCUGUCAUGGACUUGUUGGGCCUUGAUGCUCCUGUGUCCUGCUCCAUUGCAAAUAGUAAGACCAGCAACACCCUAGAGAAGGAUUUAGACCUCUUGGCCUCUGUUCCAUCUCCCUCUUCUUCGGUUUCCAGAAAGGUUGUAGGUUCCAUGCCAACUGCAGGGAGUGCCGGCUCCGUUCCUGAAAACCUGAACCUAUUUCCAGAGCCAGGGAGCAAAUCUGAAGAAACAGGCAAGAAACAGCUCUCUAAAGAUUCCAUCCUUUCACUGUAUGGAUCCCAGACGCCUCAGAUGCCUGCCCAAGCAAUGUUCAUGGCUCCUGCUCAGAUGGCAUAUCCCACAGCCUACCCCAGCUUCCCUGGAGUUCCCCCUCCUAGCAGCAUCAUGGGGAACAUGAUGCCCCCAACAGUGGGCAUGGUGGCCCAGCCAGGAGCUUCUGGGAUGGUUGCCCCCAUGGCCAUGCCUGCAGGCUACAUGGGCGGCAUGCAGGCGUCCAUGAUGGGUGUGCCAAAUGGGAUGAUGACCACCCCGCAGGCCGGCUACAUGGCAGGCAUGGCAGCUCUGCCCCCGACGAUGUACGGGGUCCAGCCGGCUCAGCAGCUGCAGUGGAACCUCACUCAGAUGACCCAGCAGAUGGCUGGGAUGAACUUCUGUGGAGCCAAUGGCGUGCUGAGCUAUGGACAGUCGAUGAAUGGUGGAAGCGGACAGGCAGCAAGUCAGACUCUCAGCCCUCAGAUGUGGAAAUAAAAACAAAACACCUGUAUGACUCCCACUCCCCCCGGCCCCCUCCCUCCCCGGUUUUCCUCUUUCCCCAACUCCUCCCACCCCACCCCCUGUCCUACCCUUCUCUGUUUGGUUUAGAAAUUGCUCAGUCUGUCAUUUGGGGGUUGGCAUUCUGCCCAGCCCAGGCGUGUCCCAAACACGCAGCCCUCUCUGUUGCUUUAUGUUGUUGUUCAUGUCCCCUCACCGCCCUGACUUCCUCCUAGCCUCAGCCCUGGUCCUCUUCUGGCACCAGCACCUUAGGAAUUGUUGACAGAAGGCACUUAGACUGCAGGAUAAACAUGCACACCUUUGAGUACCUUUCCCACAGGGUUAAACCUCCUUUCAGACUCAGAAAGUUCUGUAGGGGUUGUGUCUUAGGCACAGAAGGGAGGGUUUAGAGGUCCUUCUAUAUGUGUUGAUAAGCUAUUUCUCUGUGUUUAAAUUUUGGGAUGAAAAGGGAGGCAUCGUGCUCCCUUGAUUUAUAGGAAUGAAGAAAGUACUGAAAUAAAAUUAAAUACUCCUUAGGUCUUAGAUCACAUUGGCCCUAGCCCUGGGGUGAGGCAAACCUCUUCCUACGAGAAUGAGCAAAAAUCUGACUCUACUGUGUCCUCAUUGCUUUCUGGAUCUGAGACUUCAGAACUUGCUGCUUCAGUCAGCCUUUAUUAGCACCAAAGACUCUACGAAGGGCCCCCACAAAAACACUCACCCCUUUCCCCAUCUCAAUCCUGCCUUCAGUAGGAUCUGGCUUUGCAGCUGGAAGACCAGCCCCUCCAGUGGGAAUGCAGAGCUUAACAUGUGUACUAGCUUUGUGUGUGUGUGUGUGUGUGUGUGUGUGUGUGUUCCCCGCCUCCCAUUCUCUCCCCAUCUGCUCUGGGUAUUUUUGUUUUUGUUUUUGUUUUAGCUUUAGGUUUACAACAGAGAGGAGUUAAUUUAUCAACAGCCUAAAACUGUUGCCAGUUUUUUGUAUAGUCUAAAAAAAUUACAGUCUCAUGGGUAGCUCCCUUCCUCCUUUCCCCUCUCCAUCCCGCCAGUCACUCUUUCAUGCCUGUGUGUCCAGGCUACCCUGUGUCCCCACCUGUUCCAGGUGUGUGAGGCAGAGUGUCUGGGCAGCUUUCCUCUCAGCCACUGUUCACCCCACUCAAAAAUUAAAACAAGAAAACUUUGCUUAAAAGAUUUCAUCUGUGGGAACCACAAUUCCUGGUUGCCUUUCUCCUGUGUAUGUGUAAAUUCCUUAAUAAAUAUCGCAGGGAAGGACGGCUCUCACUGUGUGUCACUCUUGGAGGUGGGUGAGUUCUACCCAGGUUCUCUGCUUUCCAGAGGAAGUUCCCCCACUUUCUGUAUUUUAAGAAACUUUGUACAGGGGCCCAGGACCAGACCCAGACUCAGGCAGUCAGGAAGAGGGCCUUUGUCCAGUGGUGUCUGAGUUGUGAGUGAGGGAACUGUGGGUAUCUGUGCCUGCUAGAGUCCCGGAACACCAGAACUAGGAGCACCCCCUUCCUCUCCCAGCUAGAGAAGCUGAGAGCCCCCCUCCCCACCUUCCUUCCUCUGAGUACCCCUUGAGAAUCCUUCCAGGUGUAAGUGAGAGGAUAGCACAGUGGCUAAGAAAGUCAGCUCUGGAUCAGGCUGCCAGUGUUCAUUGCCCUUCUUACUCUGUGACCUGGGCAAACUAUGUCUCUGUAAGAUGGGGUUCCUGGUAAUACUUAAGGUAGGAUGAAGCAAUUCCUGUGGGGCACAGUAUUGGGCACUUUGCACUCGAAUGUUAGCAAGUAUUGUGUGCCAGACCUAUGUUAGGCAUUAGUUCACUCAAAUGUUUAAUAAGUGCUUACAAUGUCUUAGGCUCUGGAGUAAAACGGUGAGUCAAAACUCCCUGAUCGCGUGGGACAGUGUGGUAGGAGAGAUGGACAAUAAAUAAGUAAAUAAAUUAUUUAAUUUCAGGUAGUAAUAAUACAAGGUAAGACAAAUUUAGGGGAGAGGGUGGGUAAGGGACCGUUUGGAUGGGGUAAUCAGAAGUAGAUUACAGUUGAGCUGAGACCUGAAUAAGGAGCCAGUUGUGUGGAGAUCUGGAAAAAGCAGAGCAGAGGUAGGUGUCUGCGUGCAGAAUUGUUUGGUGGAGGUGUUGGUUUGGGAGUCAUGAGGAUGUGGAUGGUGUGUAAAGCUGUGAGACUGGAUUAAGUCACCUAAGGAGAAAGAAUAAAGAGAAGAGGACUGAGCCUUGGGGCCCAGCAGCUUUUAGAAUUCAGGAAGAAGAGAUAAGAAAAAAUGAAUCUGACAUAGUCGCUGUUCUUAAGAAGCUCACAGAAUCAUGGAGCAGCAGACUUAGAAUCUCUUACCCAUGUGUUAUGGGAGCUGGAGGGCACCACGCUGUUCGGGAAGCCUUCCUAAGGACAGAGGCACCUGGGCUGAGUCCUGGAGGCGAGGUAGGAGUUAACUAGUGGGUGGUGUGGGGGAGGGGAGAAGAGUAUUCCAGACAGAUAGUACCAUGUGAACAGAGACCUGCAAAAGCACAGGACAUUCCAGGAAGCACAAACGGUUCUAUGUUUCUAAGGUAUGAGUGAGUCAGGGUGUGGUGAGAGCUGAGACAGGUGGGGUCAGGCCAGAUCACGGGGGCUUCCUACAGCCUAGGAAGGAGUCUAGCCUGAGGUGUUGUAAACAGUGGAGUGACAUGGUCAGAUGUGAGUUUCAGGCAGCUCACAACAUGUUUGAGGGAACAAGACCAGAUCGAGGGGACAAGAGAAGGGUGAGAGCGGAAGCAGGGCUAGGGUCGUAGAGGGAAUGGAGCUUCUUGGAGCAGCAUUUCAUGAACUGUUUAUGAGGCAUGUGAGAUGCUAACAGGUGUGGCAUCAAAAUGCUAAAAUAAGUUUGGGAAAGAGCAUGUUAUGUCACCUCUUGCACAUCUAGAAUACAAUAUCCAAAUAGUAAUGGCUGAAAAGUCAUGUGGUAAAGACCUUUUUUAAAAAUUAAUAGACUUGAUUUAUUAGCGCAGUUUUAGGUUCACAACAAAAUUGAGUAGAAAGUACAGAGAGUCCUGUACACCCCCUGUCCCCUACCCAACCUCCUCCACUUCUGACAUCCUGCACCAGAGUGGUACAUUUGUUACAAUCAAUGAACUUGCACUGAUACAUCAUGAUCAUCCGAAAUCCAUAAUUUACAUUAGAAUUCAUCUUGGUGUUGUAUAUUCUACGGGUUUUGAUAAGUGUAUAAUGACAUACAUUCAUCAUUAUAGUAUCAUACAGAAUAGUUUCAUUGUCUUGAAAAUCGUCUGUGUUCUGCCUGUCCAUCCCUCCCUCCCCCAUAACUUCUGGAAACCACUGAAAUAUUUUUUUCUACUGGCUCCAUAAUUUUGCCUUUUCCAGAACGUUGUAUAGUUGGACUCAGACAGUAUAUAGCUUUUUCAGAUUGGCUUUCUUUCACUUAGCAAUAUGCAUUUAAGUUUCCUCCGUGUCUUUUCAUGGCUUGAUAGCUCAUGUCUUUUUAGUGCUGAAUAGCAUUUCAGUAUCUGAAUGUACCACAGUUUAUUUUAUCUGUUCACUUACUGAAGGACAUCUUGGUUGCUUCCAACUUUUGGCAAUUAUAAAUAAAGUUGCUAUAAACA